CUGUCUGCCAUCUGAGUCCGGAAUAGAAGAGAAGAGCAUUUCUCAUCAGAUCACUUUCAACAUAAACCAUGUUCUCUGGAUCUUUGCUACCGCUGCUUGCAUUUGUUGUCUGUGUUCAGUGUCAGACAUUGACUGAGUCUGAACCAGUGGUUAAAAAGCCUGGAGAAUCACAUAAACUGACCUGUACAGGCUCUGGGUUCUCAUUCAGUAGCUACUGGAUGGGUUGGAUAAGACAAGUUCCUGGAAAAGGACUGGAAUGGAUUGGUCAUAUACAUGGAACCACAGCUUACUACUCCCAGUCAAUCCAGGGAAGAUUCACCAUGUCCAGAGACGACUCCAGCAGUAAACUGUACCUACAGAUGAACAGCCUGAAGAGUGAGGACACAGCCGUGUAUUACUGUGCCCGAGGAGUUAUACAGCCGUCUGCUUUUGACUACUGGGGAAAAGGCACAAUGGUUACCGUUUCAUCAGCCACAGCAACUGCCCCGACUUUGUUCCCUUUGGCACAAUGUGGUUCUGGGACCAAAGAUAUGCUGACUCUGGGUUGCAUGGCCACUGGCUUCACGCCUCCUUCCAUCACCUUUAAAUGGAAAGACUCCACCACGACUGCCCUGACUGAUUUCAUCCAAUACCCCUCUGUCCAGAGCAAUGGAAAGUACAUGGGAGUUAGUCAGCUUAGCGUAAAGAAAGCAGACUGGGAAAAGAGGAAUUUCAUAUGUGCUGUAGAGCAUUCAACUGGUCCAAAGGAUGUGGUAUUUAAGAAACCAGUCUCAGAACCGAUGACAGUGAUACUGAACCCACCAAAAGUGUACAACUUGUUUGUGAACCAUCAAGCAGUGCUGGAAUGUGUCAUCAAUGGCAAAAACACAAAUGCAGUUCGUAAUGCCAGAAUCGCCUGGAACGUCAACAAACAGUCCAGGAGAGAUGGAAUCAGUGAGGUGGUUAAAAAUGACCAACAAACACCCAGGAAGGUCAGCACUCUGACCCUGAACCGGAGGGACUGGGGCACAGUGAAUACUGUCCAGUGUUCUGCAGAGUCAAAUGGCAUCACAACAGGAAAUCAGGAACUCGUCAUCAAUCAUGGAUGCGAAGGCUAUUCAGUGUCUGCUAACAUUCUAUCAGAGGAGUCCAUGAAUGACAAAGGGGUUGUGACCCUGGUCUGCCUGGUGGUCAGUCCAUCACUUUGUGACUUCUAUAUCUUGUGGAAAGAGGGCAGCACCCCCCAAGAUGAACAAAACAGUGAAGUUGUUACUAAUCCACCUCAGAAAACCCAUAGCGGGAGUUACACCAUCACCAGCAUCUUCACCACCAGCAAAGGGAAAUGGGACAACAAUGUGAAAUUCUCCUGCUCCGUCACACACGCAGGGUUGGAUACUGGCACAGGUCCUAGAGAGAUCAGUGUGUCGAAGCCCUCGGUCUCAGAACCGAUGACAGUGAUACUGAACCCACCAAAAGUGUACAACUUGUUUGUGAACCAUCAAGCAGUGCUGGAAUGUGUCAUCAAUGGCAAAAACACAAAUGCAGUUCGUAAUGCCAGAAUCGCCUGGAACGUCAACAAACAGUCCAGGAGAGAUGGAAUCAGUGAGGUGGUUAAAAAUGACCAACAAACACCCAGGAAGGUCAGCACUCUGACCCUGAACCGGAGGGACUGGGGCACAGUGAAUACUGUCCAGUGUUCUGCAGAGUCAAAUGGCAUCACAACAGGAAAUCAGGAACUCGUCAUCAAUCAUGGAUGCGAAGGCUAUUCAGUGUCUGCUAACAUUCUAUCAGAGGAGUCCAUGAAUGACAAAGGGGUUGUGACCCUGGUCUGCCUGGUGGUCAGUCCAUCACUUUGUGACUUCUAUAUCUUGUGGAAAGAGGGCAGCACCCCCCAAGAUGAACAAAACAGUGAAGUUGUUACUAAUCCACCUCAGAAAACCCAUAGCGGGAGUUACACCAUCACCAGCAUCUUCACCACCAGCAAAGGGAAAUGGGACAACAAUGUGAAAUUCUCCUGCUCCGUCACACACGCAGGGUUGGAUACUGGCACAGGUCCUAGAGAGAUCAGUGUGUCGAAGCCCUCGGUCCCAGAACCGAUGACAGUGACACUGAACCCACCAAGAGCGUACAGUUUGUUUGUGAACCAUCAAGCAGUGCUGGAAUGUGUCAUCAAUGGCAAAAACACAAAUGCAGUUCGUAAUGCCAGAAUCGCCUGGAACGUCAACAAACAGUCCAGGAGAGAUGGAAUCAGUGAGGUGGUUAAAAACGACCAACAAACACCCAGGAAGGUCAGCACUCUGACCCUGAACCGGAGGGACUGGGGCACAGUGAAUACUGUCCAGUGUUCUGCAGAGUCAAAUGGCAUCACAACAGGAAAUCAGGAACUCGUCAUCAAUCAUGGAUGCAAAGGCUAUUCAGUGUCUGCUAACAUUCUAUCAGAGGAGUCCAUGAAUGACAAAGGGGUUGUGACCCUGGUCUGCCUGGUGGUCAGUCCAUCACUUUGUGACUUCUAUAUCUUGUGGAAAGAGGGCAGCACCCCCCAAGAUGAACAAAACAGUGAAGUUGUUACUAAUCCACCUCAGAAAACCCAUAGCGGGAGUUACACCAUCACCAGCAUCUUCACCACCAGCAAAGGGAAAUGGGACAACAAUGUGAAAUUCUCCUGCUCCGUCACACACGCAGGGUUGGAUACUGGCACAGGUCCUAGAGAGAUUAGUGUGUCGAAGCCCUCGGUCCCAGAACCGAUGACAGUGACACUGAACCCACCAAGAGUGUACAGUUUGUUUGUGAACCAUCAAGCAGUGCUGGAAUGUGUCAUCAAUGGCAAAAACACAAAUGCAGUUCGUAAUGUCAGAAUCGCCUGGAACGUCAACAAACAGUCCAGGAGAGAAGGAAUCAGUGAGGUGGUUAAAAAUGACCAACAAACACCCAGGAAGGUCAGCACUCUGACCCUGAACCGGAGGGACUGGGGCACAGUGAAUACUGUCCAGUGUUCUGCAGAGUCAAAUGGCAUCACAACAGGAAAUCAGGAACUCGUCAUCAAUCAUGGAUGCAAAGGCUAUUCAGUGUCUGCUCACAUUCUAUCAGAGGAGUCCAUGAAUGACAAAGGGGUUGUGACCCUGGUCUGCCUGGUGGUCAGUCCAUCACUUUGUGACUUCUAUAUCUUGUGGAAAGAGGGCAGCACCCCCCAAGAUGAACAAAACAGUGAAGUUGUUACUAAUCCACCUCAGAAAACCCAUAGCGGGAGUUACACCAUCACCAGCAUCUUCACCACCAGCAAAGGGAAAUGGGACAACAAUGUGAAAUUCUCCUGCUCCGUCACACACGCAGGGUUGGAUACUGGCACAGCUCCUAGAGAGAUCAGUGUGUCGAAGCCCUCGGUCCCAGAACCGAUGACAGUGACACUGAACCCACCAAGAGUGUACAGUUUGUUUGUGAACCAUCAAGCAGUGCUGGAAUGUGUCAUCAAUGGCAAAAACACAAAUGCAGUUCGUAAUGCCAGAAUCGCCUGGAACGUCAACAAACAGUCCAGGAGAGAUGGAAUCAGUGAGGUGGUUAAAAAUGACCAACAAACACCCAGGAAGGUCAGCACUCUGACCCUGAACCGGAGGGACUGGGGCACAGUGAAUACUGUCCAGUGUUCUGCAGAGUCAAAUGGCAUCACAACAGGAAAUCAGGAACUCGUCAUCAAUCAUGGAUGCAAAGACUUUUCAGUAUCUGCUCACAUUCUCCCAGAAGAGUACAUGAAUGACAAAGGGGUUGUUACCCUUGUCUGCCUGGUGGUCAGUCCAUCACUUUGUGAUUUCUAUAUCCUGUGGAAAGAGGGCAGCACCCCCCAAGAUGAACAAAACCGUGAAGUUGUUACUGGUCCACCUCAGAAAACCCAUAGCGGGAGUUACACCAUCACCAGCAUCUUCACCACCAGCAAAGGGAAAUGGGACAACAAUGUGAAAUUCUCCUGCUCCGUCACACACGCAGGGUUGGAUACUGGCACAGGUCCUAGAGAGAUCAGUGUGUCGAAGCCCUCGGUCUCAGAACCGAUGACAGUGACACUGAACCCACCAAGAGUGUACAGUUUGUUUGUGAACCAUCAAGCAGUGCUGGAAUGUGUCAUCAAUGGCAAAAACACAAAUGCAGUUCGUAAUGCCAGAAUCGCCUGGAACGUCAACAAACAGUCCAGGAGAGAAGGAAUCAGUGAGGUGGUUAAAAACGACCAACAAACACCCAGGAAGGUCAGCACUCUGACCCUGAACCGGAGGGACUGGGGCACAGUGAAUACUGUCCAGUGUUCUGCAGAGUCAAAUGGCAUCACAACAGGAAAUCAGGAACUCGUCAUCAAUCAUGGAUGCAAAGACUUUUCAGUAUCUGCCCACAUUCUCCCAGAAGAGUACAUGAAUGACAAAGGGGUUGUUACCCUUGUCUGCCUGGUAGUCAGUCCAUCACUUUGUGAUUUCUAUAUCCUGUGGAAAGAGGGCAGCACCCCCCAAGAUGAACAAAACCGCGAAGUUGUUACUGGUCCACCUCAGAAAACCCAUAGCGGGAGUUACACCAUCACCAGCAUCUUUACCACCAGCAAAGGGAAAUGGGACAACAAUGUGAAAUUCUCCUGUUCCGUCACACAUUCUGGGUUGGAUACUGGCACAGGUCCUAGAGAGAUCAGUGUGUCGAAGGCCUCGGUCCCAAAACCGAUGACAGUGACACUGAACCCACCAAAAGUGUAUAACUUGUUUGUGAACCACCAAGCAGUGCUGGAAUGUGUCAUCAAUGGCAAAAACACAAAUGCAGUUCGUAAUGCCAGAAUCACCUGGAACGUCAACAAACAGUCCAGGAGAGAUGGAAUCAGUGAGGUGGUUAAAAAUGAACAACAAAAACCCAGGAAGGUCAGCACUCUGACCCUGAACCGGAGGGACUGGGGCACAGUGAAUACUGUCCAGUGUUCUGCAGAGUCAAAUGGCAUCAAAACUGGAAUUCAGGAACUUGUCGUCAAUCAUGGAUGCAAAGACUUUUCAGUGUCUGCUCACAUUCUGCCAGAGGGGUCCAUGAAUGACAAAGGGGUUGUGACCCUGGUCUGCCUGGUGGUCAGUCCAUCACUUUGUGAUUUCUAUAUCUUGUGGAAAGAGGGCAGCACCCCCCAAGAUGAACAAAACCGUGAAGUUGUUACUGGUCCACCUCAGAAAACCCUUAGCGGGAGUUACACCAUCACCAGCAUCUUCACCACCAGCAAAGGGAAAUGGGACAACAAUGUGAAAUUCUCCUGCUCCGUCACACACGCUGGGUUGGAUACUGACACAGCUCCUAGAGAGAUCAGUUUGUCGAAGGCCUUGGAGAAGAACCAGUUACCCAUGCCUGAUGGAGACUCAGUUACAGAGUGUAACAAGAUGGACGAUGAAGAGGAUGAGUUCAGAAGCCUGUGGUCCACCGCCUCAAUUUUCAUUAUUCUCUUCUCCCUUUCUAUUACCUACAGUGCAGUGAUCAGUCUGGUAAAGAUGAAGCCAUGAAUCACACAAGAUGACUUCUGAGAUCAUGUCUUGAUUAGAAAAAGAUGGUUGGUUAUGACAUGGUGAAGUCAGUAGGAUCUUUGGUUCUUUGGA